AUGAUCUUGGCAUUGCGGCGGGGACAAACCAACAAGGGACUGGAUAAAAAAGCAGCAGAUACAAAAAGGAGGAUCAGUUUGAAAAUCUUGCCCGCAGUCACAGUAAAAAAUCUAGCAAUGAUGGCAGUGACCCUCUUGUUGUGCCUCAAGCACACGGACCCGAACCCAUUUUUGGAUGUUAACGGCAUCCAGCCAAUGCCAACAACCUUAUUACGAGCACGAGUAUUGCAAAAUCAACAUCCUGGCGCAUAUGCAGUUGGGGGCAUGGGCAAUCACUUUUCAGCUAAUAAUCACAGCAUCACCCACAAUGCGGAAAAUGUCCCAUUUGACAUCACAGGCAGGAGCACGACUGAAAAUAAUGGGCUACCAGUUGCAAAUCAGGUAGCCGAGAAGUCAAAUUUACCCGUAGCAGAUUUGGAAACUGAACACAGCAAUUUACGGGAGAAAAGGGAUGAUUCCCCUUUGGUGGUUUUCGGAACCAUUUAUACCUCCUUUGUCUGA